UCAAGAGCUUUCUGUUGAAACUAUAAUAUAUUUUAUUUUAAAUCCAGAAAAUUUGUAUAAUCUUCCUCAAAAAAUGACUACAAUACGUCCCAACUGGUCAAAUUAUGGGAUAUAGUUAGCGUUAUAGGAAAAGCAGAAGGUCGUGGCCAAGAAUGCACGGGCAUGUAACAGGUUUUUUUCUUCCUGAGUUAAAUAAAUAAUUGUUCGUUUUAAGCUGUGACAGUCGCAUCAGAUUUUCAAACUAAUUACCCCCCCCCCCCCCUCCACGUGCCCAAUAAAAUGAUAAAUCUUUUUUCUUCUUUAAACUUUCAGAAAAUAUGUCAAUUUAAAAUAUUUCUACUUAUUAAACUUACUUUUACUGAUAUUUUAUUCAAAAAAGAAAAUGAACGGCACAAUUAGACGAUCUGAUCCCUGUGGUGAUUAUGAACUCCUUCAACGUGUCGGCACUGGUUCCUAUGGAGAAGUCUACAAGGCUCGUGACUUGAAAACUGGCCUUUUUGCAGCUGUAAAAAUUGUAAAAUUGGAACACGGCGACAACUUUGCUUCUAUACAACAAGAAGUUUUGAUGCUUAGGGACUGUGUUCAUCCAAACAUUAUUGCGUAUAAUGGCAGCUAUUUGCGAAGGGACAGGUUAUGGAUAGUGAUGGAAUAUUGUGGUGGAGGAUCGUUACAGGACAUUUAUCAAAUGACCGGCCCUCUGACGGAACUCCAAAUUGCGUUUGUUUGUAGAGAAACACUUAAAGGACUAAAGUAUCUUCAUCAAUGGGGGAAAGUGCAUCGUGACGUUAAAGGAGCAAAUAUUUUACUUACACACACUGGAGACAUUAAAUUAGCCGAUUUUGGAAUUGCUGCCCAAAUUACUGCUACGCUUGGAAAGUGUCUUUCUUUCAUUGGCACUCCUUACUGGAUGGCACCUGAAGUUGCUGAUGUUGAAAACCGUGGAGGUUAUGGUUCUGAAGUUGAUGUUUGGGCUGUUGGAAUAACAGGGAUUGAACUAGCCGAGCUUAAACCGCCAUACUUUGAAUUGCCUCCAAUUCAAGUUUUGCAUUUGAUGACUAAAUCGAAUUACAAAGUGCCAAAAUUGAAGGACAAGAAAAAAUGGUUUGCAAGUUUAAAAUCAUUUUUUCCCCCAUUUUUUAAAAUUUUCAGGUCCCCAACUUUUGCUCAAUUUAUUAAAGCUUGUCUAACAAAAAAUCCAAAAAAGCGUCCAUCACCAGACAAAUUACUUACGACAAAUCCAUUUGUCUCGGGUGCUCUAAGUUCUCGUUUAAUUCGUGAAUUACUCGACCGGGUAAAUCAUCCAGACAGAAUUGAUAGAGAUGAACAACAACAAAAUGAUUAUAAUGAAGAUAUAAUUGUGGAAAAAGAGGUUAGGAGAAGUAAAAAGGAAGGAGGGAAAAGAGAGAAUGGGGUGAAUACAUUGAGGGAAUCUUCGGCUUUUGAACAAGGUUUUUUUAAUUUUAUUAGAAAUUAAAUUUCUAGG